CUCAAAAAGGUAACAUUCAGGUAUAUUAGAUAUGAUGUAUGAUAUUUAUUAAUUUCCUAGAAUCUCUAAAAUAUCUUAAAAAUCCCUAUCAAUUUUAAAUUUUUUUUAAUGUUCAUUAUAAAAGUGAAACAUUAGGUUAAUGCGAAUAUACUUUUAUCUAUUCUAUAUAUGAAACGCUACUGGUUAAUAAAAUUCUAUCAUAAUAUAUACAUUACAGUAAUUUAUCAAAACCACUGUCGGAAGUGAAUACGAAUGAAACGGAUGUGAUCAUCCAAGUGAGUAAUGGCGUACAUAGUAUAUAGGGGACAUAUAAUUUUCUCAUUGUUUGCUCGUGUGUGUUUAAAUUUACAUCAAUAUAAAGCGUGAAACCAAAAAUUGUUUCGGAAAUAAUAUAGUCAUUUCAAUUCAUAUAUUUCAUUAUAUUACUUGGAAAACAUUUUUUAUACAAACGGUGGAAAUAACAAGUGAUAUUGCGUAUAAUAUACAUCAAAAACGUGUUAACGUUCGGAUUCGGUAGUGAAUCCAAGAACGUAAAGAAGUAUUAAGUUUUUAGCUUCCAGCUUGUUCCCCCACCUGCGGAAUUGUAAGCUAUAAAAAAGACACAACAUUAAAGCGCGUGUCGCAUUCAGAAGAACAAAAGAGAAGGAUGGAACGAAAAAGAAAGGUGCGUUUCGUCUCGGAACCACCCAACCAGACUCAUCAGUAGGCCUUCUGCUGGCAAUCCCUGCCUUAAUUGCACUGCAUAUUAGAACAUAUAGAGAAGAAAACCGGAGUGAGGGAAAGUUGCUAGACAUCUAACGGCGGCGGGCUAAACUAUCGCCACUCGCUCGAUCCACACACGUUCGGGAGAUGUGACAAGCGUUUUACAGUGCAACAGCAUCAAGGAAAAUUUGUUCGCAAUUAAUGAGCAGAAUUAACAACUGCUGUUAUGUCUGCAAAUACUCAAUUUGCAAAUCCUCCACCAGCUAUAAGUUUACCUAAUAUGUCUGUUCCACCUCCUGCCACUCCAAAUUUAUCAGCCCCACCUCCUAAUUUGACUACAAUAAACACAUCUGGAAGUUAUCAGCACAGAUACACUAAUCAUAGAGAUGGAGCAAGGGGUUUCUUUAAACCAUUCAGACCUUAUCAUGCACCCAAAAUUGUUGCGGCUGGUCAAGAUACGUUACAAGAUGAAUUUGAUGGCAAAAGACUUAGGAAAUCUGUUAUGCGUAAAACCGUGGAUUAUAAUUCUGCCAUUAUAAAAAGCUUAGAGAAUCGAGUGUGGCAGAGGGAUUACAGAGACAGACGUGCCCUACAGCCAGAUGUGAUGUAUUAUCCUGAUCUGCUUCCACCACCUAGUUAUGUUGACAAUCCUAUAAAUGCAGUCACCACAAGAUUUGUGAAGACUGCAACAAAUAAAAUGCGUUGCCCUAUUUUUUGUAUGGCUUGGACGCCAGAGGGGAGACGCCUUGUUACUGGUGCAUCUAGUGGAGAAUUUACCUUGUGGAAUGGUCUUACCUUUAAUUUUGAAACUAUUUUGCAGGCACAUGAUAGUCCAGUGAGAACAAUGGUAUGGUCACACAAUGAGAGCUGGAUGGUCACAGGAGAUCAUGCAGGCUAUGUGAAGUAUUGGCAGAGCAAUAUGAACAACGUCAAGAUGUUUCAGGCGCACAAAGAAGCGAUUAGAGGACUCAGUUUCAGUCCGACGGAUCACAAAUUGGCAACAUGCAGCGACGAUGGAACAGUCAGAAUUUGGGACUUUCUUCGGUGUCAUGAAGAACGAAUUCUCAGGGGUCAUGGUGCUGAUGUGAAAUGUGUGCACUGGCAUCCACAAAAAAGUCUAGUCAUCUCUGGAAGCAAAGAUAAUCAGCAACCGGUUAAAUUAUGGGAUCCAAAGACUGGCCAGUCACUCGCAACAUUACAUGCACACAAGUCGACAGUAAUGGAUGUUAAAUGGAAUGAAAAUGGAAAUUGGCUGGUAACCGCGUCGCGGGACCAUUUGCUCAAGUUGUUUGAUCUUCGAAAUUUAAGUCAAGAAGUUCAAACAUUUCGUGGUCACAAAAAAGAAGCUUCUAGUGUCGCGUGGCACCCGAGUCACGAGGGUCUGUUUUGUAGCGGUGGUAGCGAUGGAGCUAUCUUAUUCUGGCACGUUGGAGCCGACAAAGAGGUAGGUGCGAUAGAACAAGCUCACGACAGUAUAGUUUGGACGUUAGCUUGGCAUCCGCUGGGACACAUCCUGUGUUCCGGUAGUAAUGAUCACACUUCAAAGUUUUGGACACGAAACAGGCCUGGUGAUUUAAUGAGAGACAAGUAUAAUCUCAACACUUUACCUGCAGGAUCGGCUGGCGUUGAUGAUCAUGAAAUUGCUGAUGAAGCAGCUGUAAUACCUGGUAUGGGGCCAGAAGAUAGGAUCAAUGCCGAUGGCGAACCAGAAGACAAAAGCGGUGGUAUCCCUGGCUUGGAUUUGGAUCAUGCAGUCGACGAAGGAAAGAAAUUCGCUAACAAGAAAGUUCCAUAUAGCAAACCAAUUCCAAGAAAUUUCCAAGCUCAAUGGAAUGAGAUGGAGGCUGAGGAUAUGGAGCAGGUAGAAGCUCUAAAUGCAUUUGUGAAUCAGUUGAUCGAAACCACACCAGGAGCGGUACCAUUGAAUGAAGUGACACCUAAUGGUAUUAUAUUGUACGGAAAAAUGAUUCCUGUCGAACCCGGUUCUAAGUUAGCAGAAGCAAUUAGCAAAGGAAAUGAUGCCAUAAAUAAACUAGUAUUUUCCGGAGAAAUAGAAGAGCUACGAGACGUUGUGGGUCCACCAGAUAACAUGGACGAUUCCGAAGAAUAUUUGCAAGACGACAGCGAAAUAGAUUAUUCCAAAGUUCCCGAUAUCGAACUUCCUCCACCUUUACCCAGUUCCAAAUUUGCACAGAAUCCUGAAUUGCUUAAAGCGCUGAAUCGCGGUGGAAAGCGGAAAUUCGAUCAAUUAAUCGGUUGGAGCGACGGUGGAGCCAGCGACAGAACAUCGAAGAUUCAUCAACCGGUCUUUGGCGGAGUGAUGACGGAAGACUCACAAUCCAGUGAUACCGACUUAAGGUACACGGGAACGAAAUCGAAUCAGCACUCCAACGAGACUAACUCUUUCCACAGUGGACAGGACGAGGAUCUCAGGAAACUUCCUCAUGGUGAAAAUGCUCGAAAUGCGAAUCGCGAUGAAGACUUACGGUUUAACAUCUCCAGCGGACCUGGAAGGCCCAGUUCACGUUCCGAUUACGAUGUAAGGGGUAAUUACGCGGAUAAGGACUUUAGAAGUUCGCAUGGAUUCCCCUUGAAGAAGUCUUUGGAUAACGACAUUUACGAUGACAGAGAUCGGGACGGUAAUUCGCGGUGGGACGAUGAGAAGUCGAUGAAUGAUGGUCCCAGAAAAGGGGAUGGUGGUUUUUCAGGGAACUUUGAUAAACGUGAUAACAUGCCGCUAGCUAUAGGCUCCGGCAUAAGUAACAGCAUACCUCAUUUAGGCAACAGUAUAUCUCACAUGUCGAGUCACCAUAAUAUGCAAAAUAUUAAUCCCAAUAUGACACCCCCGAUCCAAAGUUUAGUACCACAUCCAAAUAUGUCUCAGCAUCCUAUGCAGAAUAAACCGCUGCAUCCUGGUAUGCAAGGAAUUGACGGUCCAAUGCACAUGAUGCACCAUCCUAACAUGCAUCCCGGUUUUGGUCCUAACGGACCGCCACCCGGAAACUUUGGCCCUAACUUUAGACCGCCAAACGGUAAUUUCGGGCCCAAUCAACACUUUAGGCCGAGCCCAUUGCCUCCAUUCGGACCAAACCAAGGACCGUUCGGUAAUAACUUUCAAGGUUUGCCGAAUUUCCGAGGGCCGAACUCAGGCCCGCCAAAUUUUGACCGGCCGGGUUUUGGUCCUGGUUUCCGCGGUCAAAACCCCGGGCAGAACCCGCCAAAUAAUUUUAAUUCGAAUUUUGGUAAUUUUGGAAAUAAACUGGGACCUAAUCGUGGCAUGAACCGAGGCCCCAACGACAAUAACAUGGGAAGAAUGGGAAGGAGCGGUUAUAGUAAUCGUGGUAGAGGACGUGACGGCGAUCAACCACGAGGGAUUCGAGGAAGAGAUAAUUAUUGAAAAAUAAUUAAUUAUUCGGGACGGAAGUAUCUGUAUGUUAUGUGUAGGUUAACAUACUGCCGUUCGUUCUGCACGAAUCAUCCAAUUGUUUCGUGCUGGGUUGUACAGUUGAUCAAUAAUGAAUUCUAGAUCGUAGAACGGCGGUAUCCUAUACUCAGUGCUAAAAAAGGGAACUCAAAAGUAGGCGUUCGAGUACAGCGUGAUUGGAUGAAAGUAUAUUUUCUUUUUCCGAUGGGACUUUAUUUGAAGAGAACAGUGUCCUUUUUCCAGAAAAAGCGACUGAUUAUCCAUACUAUAGAUGGCUAGAUUUCUAAAUAAUGCGAGAGAUGAAUUCGUGUUGGAUGCAAGUGAAACUUCUCUUCUCCUCUACUUGUGAUAUUUGCGAGUAGUGUACAAGCGUGGUGAAUCUGUACGAAGUCACAGAAAUUGUAAUAUAUAAAAUAUAAUCAAUGACACACUGGUAUAAUUCUGAUUAAAAAAAAAAGAGAAAAAAUGGAUUAAAAAAGAAAAAAACAACUGUUCACAAGCUGCCUUGCGAAAGAAUUUUUCUUGUUCCGAUUUCGAGAAUUGAUGAGUGCGCGGGAGUAGGGUAGAGAAGCAUGUGAAGCAUGUUGAACGUUUCAUAAUUGUUGCUGGUCGUCGAGAAAACUGUGAACCAGAACAGUCUACCUAUCAAUUAUUAAUAAAAAUGAACUAAGAUGCAGAAAUUA